CCCCACUCUACCUGUUUCUUAUACGUAACAUAACAACAUAACAUCUAAUAAAAAUCCUUAUCUUCUCUUUCACACAAUCACAACCAUUUUCCAUGGUCCAGAUUAACACAUUAUUCAUUAGCUACCACUUUCAUUUCACUCAUUUUUUCUUUCUUUUGUUCUGAAGUUCUAAUCUUUUUACCCACCCCAAUAACAUUUUUCCCUUUUUUGGCUUCAAAAACCAAAAGGGUGUGGAAUAUUUUACCAAAAAAGUAGUUUAAAUUACUUGUUUGAAGAGAGAAGCUGAAAAUAAUAAGAAAAAGAAGAUGAAAAUUCAGUGUGAUGUGUGUGAGAAAGCUCCUGCUACUGUGAUUUGUUGUGCUGAUGAAGCUGCUUUGUGUACCAAAUGUGAUGUUGAAGUUCAUGCUGCUAAUAAACUUGCUAGCAAGCAUCAAAGGCUUCUUCUCAAUUCUUUAUCUAACAAGCUUCCCAAAUGUGACAUAUGCCAAGAUAAGGCAGCUUUCAUAUUUUGUGUUGAAGACAGAGCACUCUUCUGUAAGGACUGCGACGAACCGAUUCACGUAGCUGGUAGUCUUUCUGCGAACCACCAGCGCUUCCUUGCGACCGGAAUCCGUGUGGCUUUGGGUUCGAGUUGCGCCAAAGGUAACGAGAAAAGCCAAGUGGAACCAUCAAAACCAGACACACAACAAGUUCCUGUGAAAGUUCCUUCUCAGCAAGUGCCUAGUGUUGCAUCCUCUUGGGCUGUUGAUUACUUAUUGGAAUUAAGUGACUUUGAUUCGCCAGACAAAAAGCAAUCCUUGGAGUUUGGAGAGCUUGAAUGGCUAGCAGACACAGGUAUUUUCAACGAACAGUUUCCUCAUGAAGGUUUAGAUGCAGCUGAAGUUCCACAACUUUCGGUAACGCACACCAGCAGUGUUGCCUCAUAUAAAGCCCCUAAAUCCUAUAUGUCUUACAAAAAGCCUAGGAUUGAAGUCCUAAAACAAGAUGAUGAUGAUGAUGAGCACUUCACAGUGCCUGAUCUUGGUUAAUGCACGACAAUCUGAACUGGUCCGGUCCAUGAAUCUGUUGAUCAAUUAGUUUAUAUGCAUACUUCUCUAAAGAUGCUAAGUACUCAAAGUAUGUUAACUAGCUGUGUGUAGUAUCAGAUUUUAGUAGCUUCGAGUCAAUUCGAAGUUCAGAAAAGCGUAGAAUUAUACCUUAAGGUGUUAAAUUUAGCAUGGCGUUUGUGAUCAUUGUUUCUAACCCUAGAGGUGCUCACAACCCUCCAUGCAAAAUUGGGUGUUUUAUGUUUUGUAUGGUUGUUUUUUAAGACCACUUUGGUCUAAUUGCUACACUGAGGGCGUGCGGUAAGGUGUCAGUCUUAUGUGAUUUCAAAAUUUACGAGAAAUCAAAUCAAUCGAUUAUCUUGACCCGUUCUAAAGGAACAUAUACAAGAAAUCAGCAGACAGUGUUCGGGUGCCUCAGGCAGUGUCAACACAUGGCCUUCUACACUUCAAAUUGUAUUUGAAGCUUACAUUACUCAUGAAGAAUAGUUGUUGUGUAUGAUAGAAACAGGUCACCAAAUCACCGGAAAGUUGGAUUUUGGCUGUCAAAUAUCUAAGUUGCUUGCACACAUGGUGUGUUGCCUUAAAGCUAUAAUGCAUUCAGUUGCUUGUGACUAUGA